AUGCCCUACCAAUCCCGCCCUAUCAGCGACGCCGAAAUCGAGGCUCUUCCUCUUCGCUUUGUUCGCCUCGAAGCAGGGGAAGAAGAAGUGUUUACCGAUGUCCUGCUCAAAGUCUGGUUCGCACUGGCAGAAUCAGGUUCGCUGGCAACUCUCCCACCCGUACCCGAUAUAGUCAGCUUUGUCGACGACUGUGCUAUUUUCUACUUGAUAUUUCAUACCGAGCCCAAAGAACUGAAACUCACUCCCGGGGACCUUCUGACGAGCGCUCCUAUACUCAACUCUCCGCCAACAGCUUCAAGUUCCGCUGGUACACGCGCAAGCCCCGAAAGGGUAAACAAGCGCCCACACCCGUACGCACAUGCCCGUCCGCAAGCUUCUUAUUCCUCAAAAGACUACAGAUCCGAACAGACGCCUUCCGGAUCGGAAGAGGUCAUCGGCUGCGUCUACUUAUCUCACUCUUCAGCUACCCAAAACACCCUCGACAUUGGUAUCGCGCUUAGACCCGAAGCUCGGGGAAGAGGCUACGGCCGAGCGACCGUCACCAAGUUUCUUCGAUACUCCUUUGAAAGUCUCAACAUCCACCGCGUUGUCGCCAACGUCUUUGGGCCAAGCGAUGUCAACCAAAAACGGAGCGCACGAGAAAGCGGGACUGUACGCUGGAUAUUCGAAAAGAUUGGCUUUGUCCCCGAGGGCGUGCAGCGUCGCGCGGCAUUUUCCGCCGCAGAAGGUAUUUGGCGAGAUGUUUAUCCAUUGGCGAUGCUCGAUUUGGACUGGGUGCGGUUGGGCUCGAGAUCAGUCCAAGGUAGGACGGCCAUCAUCGGUCCAUUCGAUGCCAUGGUCGAACGCCACGGAGCCGAGCGCGAAGAAAUGAGCGACUGGAUGGACGAUGAAAGUUGGGGCCGACUCAGGCGCGUCUCGAGCGCAGAAACCAUCAAGGGGAACGACGAACAGCCAACCGAUCCCGUAUCUCAAGAACCAGCCGUAUCCGAACGCUCGCCCUCGCCCAUCCACCCAGAAUCCGAAUCCGAAUCUGAAUUCGCAGUCCCAUCAGAACACGAAUGGCGCUCGGCCACACCCAGCACCGACUUUGACUAUUCGAUCGUCUCCCACUCGCCGCCGCCGGCCCACUCGAUCGGCUCUCCAGCCGCAUCAGACGCGUUUAGCGCAUUCAGCUUGUCCAACGUGACUUCGCCCGAAUUCGAGCCCAUCGACCUGCCCAUUACCGAACCUGUUCCAUUCAACAUGAUCGGUUCACCCGACCUCGAGCCGCCGUUGUCCCCGGGCUUCUCGAACACCUCGCACGAAGCGAUUGAGCUUGCAUCUUUGCCCGCGCUAGCGCAAACUAUGAACGCGAGCGUGAAUACGAAUGUGGACGUGAAUAUGAACGUGGUUCCCGACUCUGCUGCUCCAGCUGCAACUCCAUCCACCGCUGACCCAACUCCAACCAGUCCGAUCCUAAUCCCAACUCACAGCCCAACACCCGCCCCGCACAACAUACUCACGCUCCAAGACGUAGACGAGCCUCUUGAUUUCUGGGCCAGCGACUCUGAACUGGAUUUUCAGAGGGGCGCAUAA